GGGAUGGCCAAUGAACAUGUUUCUGCAUAUGCUCCUGAGAACAAACGAAUGAAAGGCUGUUGCCACCACAGAAAUGAGAUUUCCACCCUGUGUCGCCAUUUCCCUCUCGUUCUGUUUGGUCGAUUCCGUUUGCAAUCAUGACAGACAUAUAUAAUGACCUCAAGACUGACCCGGAGAUUUACACCAGAUCCAGUCUGGUGCACCCUCUUUUGCAACCCUCACAACCGGACGGUGCCAAACGUACUGGGAAAGAAAACAAAGCAAUCUGUCUCCAUCCACCGCAUAGAGCAUACCAUCAUCAUGGACUUCUCUAGACGCACCAACGACCAUUCACCUGCUCUGCCCUCCUCGCCCACGCUGCCCGCUGCUAUGGACCCCUUUGCCGCCUGCAGCGAAUCCCCCUCCACUCCCAAUCGACUGGCGGCUCUUGCAUCUGCAGCACUGACGACGGCCGAUGCAUCCCGGUCUUCCAGCAGCGUUGACAUCAUGUCUUCUUCUUCUUCCGCUGCAGAAACCGUCACUCUUCAUCCCGACGCUGCUCUCGAUAUCAGCAUCACUGUCGACGCCCGUGCUGCUGUGGAUACCGGCGACAUUGUUUAUUGUAAUGACGUUGUCGAUGACAUUCUUGACGACUAUACAACUGCUGAUAAGAGAAGCGCUGUUGAGGGAGAAGACGAAGUCCUGGCAGAAGGCAACAACGGUGUCGAUGGCUUCGUCACCGUCAAUGACAGUGCCAAUGACGGUGCAAUUGCCGGUGUCCAUGGCGACAGGCGUGCCUCUGCCCAUGUUGUUGCUGUCAAUGACCCUGUUGUUGUCUCUGUUGCUGCUAUCGCUGCCGCUGCUCAGGACAACGUUGGUGUUGCUGAUGCUGUCUCCUGCGAUGGGGCCGUCGCUGUCGAUGGCAACGGGACUGUCCUUGAUGACAAGGGAAAUAACAAUAUCCCGGCUGCCCUCACGCCCACCGAGCAGGCCUGGGCCAUCUACAAGGCCUGUCUCGAGGGACCCUGUCGGCUGAGCGAGGUGCUCGAGGACGAAACCAUGAUGAGUAUGGUCGGGAACCUGCGUGUGCCUCCUGUACAUGGCGAGCCCCUACUCAAUCUGGUCAUGAGGGCCCCGACCAGAGACUUCAAGAAUCAGUCCAAGCUGGCCGUCUUCCACUACCUGUACUUGCUCGUCGACAGGCCGUUUGCGUGCGACAACAGCGGUCAGACGGUCCUGCACAUCCUCGCCAACCGCUCCGGCGUUGAGGACCGCCGGAUCCUGCGCUAUCUCAUCAACCAGGCGGACUGGAACGUUCUUGAUCUCUGCGACAAGAGCGGCGAUACGGCGCUCAUGGUGGCGGUGACCAGCGGUGACUUUCAUAACGCCGGGAUGCUAAUGCGGGCGGGCGCCAACCCCGGCAUGACAGGCCAUUAAAAAGACACGCCGGCGAGCGUGGCGGCUCAGCAGGGCAGUCUGGCCACGGUCACGCUGAUGAGCAAACUAUCAUGCCGACAUCCGGAACUGCGUGCCCCUGUACGAACAGAGCGUCCAAAACGACUCGGGUUGUGACUGGCGCCAGAUGGAAGACUGUGGAGACGAG